UUGGGUUGGUCAAAGUUCUUCGAGAUCAUUGGUGGAAUUGCACGUCAUCUUCUCUACCUUCAGCAGGAUUCAAGAUUGAGAAUUAUUCACAAAGAUCUCAAAGCAAGUAAUGUGUUGCUUGAUUCUGAGCUGAAUUCGAAGAUUUCAGACUUUGGUUUAGCGAGAAUCUUUCAAGGAGAUCAGUGCGGAGACAACACAGAAAGGGUUGUUGGAACUCUUGGCUAUAUGGCUCCAGAAUACGCUCUCUAUGGUCUAUUCUCAGUAAAAUCUGAUGUCUUCAGUUUCGGCUUGCUAUUGUUGGAGAUAGUAAGCGGCAAGAAGAAUUGAUGCUUCCAUCAUCAUCAUCAUGGUCUUAUAGAUACGUAAGAUUGAAAUUUCAGUUUCUUCUUUGUUUGAAUAAUUCAUAAGUGGCACCCAAGGGUGCGGCCCAGUGGUCAAUGAAUUGGGUUGAGAACCAUGAGGUCUCAAGUCCAAAUUCCAGCAGAGAGAAAAACACUAGGUGAUUUCUUUGCAUCUUUCCUAGUCUUGAUGAACAGAGUUAGCUGAUACCUGUUGCUGGUGGGAGUUGGCAGGUAUCCCGUGGAAUUAGUCGAGGUGCGCGCAAGCAAACCCGAAAACUACGUUAUCGGUAAAAUAAUAACAUUAAUUAUUCAUGAGUGGGGAACUUAGUUAAAUACUGACAUAUGGAUUUUUCUGUAUUGCCUGUUCAGGCAUGUAGAAUGUGGACAGGAGGGACACCCCUCGAAUUAGUUGAUUCCUCGCUUGAGUACGAAACGAGUUCUAUGUCGGAGAUAUUGAGGUGCAUUCAUGUAAGUCUCUUAUGUGUCCAGCAGAGUCCGGACGAUAGACCAAAUAUGUUGGCUCUGGUUCUGAUGUUGAAUGGAGAGAGUACACUACCACAGCCAAAAGAACCCAUUUUUUUGAGAGAUAUGAUACCAGCUGAAAUUACUUGUAUCAGGUCGUCUGAGUAUGAGGACUCUUGCACUGCAAAUGAAAUUACAUUUUCCUCGUUUGGGGCUCGUUAGAGAACUUCUAACAUUAUUAAAGCUUAUUUUUUCGCAUUUUACUUUAUUUGGUAACGAUGAUGACAUGAGUUGAGCUUA